AUGCCCUUCAACAACCAUCGCUAUAACCUACGCAGACACCCAUACGAGGGCGGUCGAGACUUUGUUCGUCCUCAAACCGGACGAGGUCAUAGUCGUGGCCAGUCCCAGGGGUUUAGAAAUGCCACACCAGGUCAAAGCUACGGUCAGCAGCAAUGGAAAGACGAGCAACCCGCUUUGUAUCCUCAAGGAAACGACAGAGUUGCCAACAACUACCAUCAGUCUGAUAACUACCAUCAGCUUGCUCCUCAGCAACUUCCACUCACUGCAGUAACUUUGUACCCCCAGCCUCUUUAUGCUGAACCACUUAGCGCGGCAGUCGACAAUGCUAUUCGUCUCUCGUUGAGCGACAAGUACCCUCAGGAUCAGGACCAGCCAGUCAUUCAAAGCCAGCCGGAGAGUCACAGUCAAGAAGUUCACCCUGAACAGGCCCCGAGAGGCACUAAGCGCAAGAACAACACGGAGCAUGGCGAACAGACGAACAUGAACCAUACUCCGGACCACCAAACUAUGUUCAGUGACCGCCAUGACAGCAUGUACGAGGAGAACGCGACCAACCAGGUGGUUGACUAUGGGCUACUUAAAGCCAAAGGUAGCGCAAUCUUCAUCAACCGCGAGGCUGCCAUCCAGGCAAUUGAGGGCAUGUUCCAGCAAGGCGAGCCAAUCACUCUCUCUUGGAAUUCAGGAACGUCCACAGCCCCACCAGACACGGAGCUUCCAAAUGCCUUCCCGCACGGCAAAGAGACAGCGGACAGUCUCAGCCCGGGACAGCCUCGCCCUACAGCGAGCUGA